UUUUGGGUUCUAACUACUUAGAUUUUCACCUUAGAAAUCAAUAUCAAAUUAUUUAUUGAAAAAAUGUUACAACUUUUAUUUGCACUUUUGACGAUGGAAUUAACAGUAAUUCUAAUACUAUCUUUUGCAAAUCCAAUAAGGAAAAUGAUGGUGAGAGUGUUAGAUGUUUUGAAACGUGGAAAAGGUCCAUUAAUCACAAAAACUGUAGCAAGCACUGUAUUUGUGGUAUUUGGAUCAACCAUAUAUACUAUACUCAAAAUACAUAAACGUUCAAAGGAUGCUGGCAUGAUUAAUCCAACUGAGGAGGUUCUAAUGGCACAUCAUCUCUUAGAAGCAUCUCUUAUGGGAUUCUCUCUAUUCUUUGGAUUGAUGAUCGAUAGGCAACACUACUAUGUUAAAGAAAUCACUUCACUAAGGAAGAACAUGGAAAUAGCAAAGAAACAAAUUAAGCCACAAUCAUCAACCACCAAAGAGGAGGGACAUUAAAGCUUGAAGAUGUAAUGUGUUGUAUAUAAUCGACCAAAUCAUAUUUGUAUAGUUCAUAUAAAUGAUUUAUUUUAUUGUUUAAAUAACAAUAUAUUACUGAAUAUAAAUGAACUUUAAAGCAUUUAAUUCAAUUCAACA